AUGAAGUCGACGUCUAAGCGUCGAGUGAAAGACUCCGGAGUCGCGCCUUCCUACUACUUGGAUACAAUGAUAAGUCGUAGACAUGCGAGACAAUCUUUGACAAGACCAGUAGUGUCGCAGCUAGUGUUAUCACUCGAGGCUGUCACACGUAUCUCGCAUGUCUGGUUGUCAAGCGACGUUCAGUCCCAGCGCCAGUGUGAUUUUGUAUGGCAUAGAAGGCUAGGUUGUUGGCGAUGUAUGAGGAGCGACGUGGUUGUUGCGAAGCGAGAUAUGAAAGAUGAUCCAAAUGGUACGCGAAAUUCGACAGCUCGGCUGCGUGAUCUCAAAAUAUCAUCAUUCCAUUGCUUUUUAACUCGCACCAUGGUCCUGAAUAAACUUCCUACCGCGAUCAUAUCGAACAUCGCCCGGAGACUGUCAGCCCGGAGCGCUGCCUGCUUGUCACUUACCUGUAAGAUCCUUUACCAUGAUCACAAAGACCUGAAGAUAGUCUGGGAGCGCGGCUUCCAUCCAGAGGUGAACCACUGCGGAUGCAAGCAACGAGCCUGGCCCCCAUGUCCACCCCUCAACAUGGUGAACCAUGAGGAAUACCUGUUUCUCCAGAUCCUGGCAAGAGAUCUUCCUGGACGACAACUUUGUGACGUAUGUCAGAAGUUUCAGUAUCAGCAUACAGGAACCAGCGAAGACGAACAGCCAACAAGACAUACGUGUCCGUCUACUUCUCGGAUAUUCAGCAUUGCAAGUGUGCCAAAUGUUGUUUUGCACUUCCAGGAUGUGCAGCGAGUCAUGAACAAGUACCGAUCAGGCGAGCCAUUCGAAGCAGAGAUUCGAAGCAUUUCGACGAAGCAAGAUUGGGCAGUAGGGUCGAUUGCAUAUCCGUGGUCCGACUCACCGCGGAUGCCCCAAAUCACAAAGCUGGACAUCGAACCCAAUGUCAUCAACGGCAAUUUGAUAAUACACACUCGGCAGCACGUGCUUGUUACGGAUGCUAUAAGCGAUGAGCUCGAGAACCGUGUACCCGAUUUUACUCUCGGGAGAUAUGUCGUCGGCUCUGUGCGCGCUUGCUCGCACUAUGGAUGCUCUCGGCAGAUCAUAGAAGCCAUUGACAAGGCUGUCACAGGUCUUGAAUCAACGGUGCUUCGGGAUCCGAUGGCUCGUACCUCUCGACGCCCAUUCAUGUGCCCAUGUUGUCUUACUGAGGCCACACUGGCAAUCUAUCAUCAUCCUGAACAAGGCUUCGAGAUCAUAUUGAGAACGUGGACUAACCUGGGCCCAUGUGAGUGGGGCUAUCAAGUAGGCUGGCGUAUCGCGUCUUUGAAAGGCUAUUACAAGUAUACCUGGACGAAUCUGGACCGAGCUAUACAGCAAGGGAAAGCUAGCCUAGGGUACCCCAGCGAGCACGAUCAUCAAUGGGUGAACACAGGUGCUAGAGCACCACCGCAAGCCAUGAGACACCCGCUAUGGUCAGAUCCAAAUAUAGGACUUGAGGUUUUGAUCUGGAUAAUAGGCUGCUUUGCUUGGAUUUAUGCUAUGGUCACAAGAAAGACCGUCAUCGAUCCAUACAUUACAUCUGACAAAGAAGCCAUGUACUUCCGACACACCAGAUCACCAGUUCCAUCUCAAGCUCUCUUGAGAACAACGCGAAGUGCUACAGUUCAAGCAAGAAAGACACCCGAGUUCCAACCUGCCGCAAGGCUUCUUGACGAUCCUCCUACCUACAGAUCCCUGGAUGCACCGCCAGCAUACGAAACAUUCACAUCACCACGAGUCACAGAGAUCAGACAGCCGGAAAUUUCCAAAGGCGGAACAUCCGGUGUUUCUUGCGAAGAUGCUUCCUCUCCGAUGAGUAGUAAUGAAAAAUUGAACGGGCGACACGGGUGGAAGUCAAAGUUGAGAAGGUGGAGGAACCGUAAACAAGAACGGGCAGGCUAUAAAUCACACGUCGAUUAA